AGAAGGAGGAACCUCUCCAGCUUUGAGGAGCCAGUCGAGCAGGAGCAGGCACAGCUGGAGGAGACGAGUGGAGGCAGGGGAGACAAAACACUGGCAUUGGCUGCUGAGGGUCCACUGGCAGGCAAGAAACACUCCCCAUGACCACAGCCAAGCUGGCGGCGGGAUGGAUGAAGUGAUAGAGCUGCCUGAGCCAUGAAAGCAGGAGCCGACAUGAAGAUUGCUGGGAAGAUGGUGUGUGUCUUUGUGCUGCUCACCAUCACCAAGGUCACGAGAACAGUAGGUAACAGCAGAGUGUCAGCGACAGUAGGUAACAGCUCUGUGCUUGUCUGCUCUCUCAAAUCAAAUACAACCCUGGUAACAUGGAAAAUAAGUCCCAAGACUGGAGGCUCCUGCACUUUAGGAUACAGGGCUGAUCAGAACAAGACAGACAGAACAAACUGUAGUGACAGCGUGAACUGGAAAUUCAGACCGGAUCGGGAUCCUGCCCUGGAGAUACAGCAAGUGGGAAUAGUCCAUGAGGGAAAUUACACCUGCGAAGUAGUAGCAACAGAAGGGAAUUUCCACAAAACGUACCACCUGACCGUGCUGGUCCCUCCCAGGCUGAUCCUGCACUGUGAUGACCACGGGAACCCCGUGUGCGAGGCAGAGGCAGGGAAGCCGCCUGCUCAGAUCUCGUGGGACCUAGAGAGCAACUCCACCCCCAGGGAAGAAGUCCACGAUGACGGGACAGUGACUGUUGUCAGCACGUUCACAGCACACGGCACCAACGUGACUAAUACGAUCUGCAUUGUGUCCCACCCGACUGGGAACCAGAGCAAGUCCAUAGCCUGUCGUCCCUCAAAGAACGGCUUUUACCUGCAAGUCACCAUCAUUCUUUGUGUCCUGAUCAUUAUCACCUUCAUGGCUGUCAUUUGCUAUUUUAAGCUCCACAAUGACAGACUGUGUCGCAAACUCGAUCCUCCUGAAACUGAUCUCACACAUUCCCCACAGGAUGACACAAUGGAAGUGGAACCUUAUACUACUUAUGUGCAGAAGGAAAAUGUAAUUUACAACUCAGUGUCUGAUCUGACAGUGGGGCAGAAUCUUCCACAAGCACUGUCGCCAGCAACAUGAAUGAUCCAGGAACACUGGAAAGGGAGAGAGAUACUUUAUAAAAGAAUGGAUAUAGAAAGAAACUUCUCAGAGGAUUUCUUCAGAUUUUGGAGCAACAUAGCUCACUAGGUCUGUUCAAACAUCUGUACUUUCUGAUGAGGCUAUAUAGUUCUUUUUUUCCCUGUUUUGCCUUCUUCCUUGGGAAAGGAAACAGGUUUCCUGUUAUUCCAUGGGAAAAUGCGACUGAUGCCAUGCCACAGUUUUUCCUGGAAAAGCUGCUGUGACCAGUCUUCCCUUUGCUGUUCUUGCCUUGGAGAUCCUAGUUCUGUCAGUCACUUCUAGGCAUUACUUUGAUGCACUUGACACUAUGUUGCACACAUUUGGGAGAUGGGAGGAGUGUUAUGUCUGAGCUAAAAUGAAACACAACAACAAUCAACAGCCACUUUUUUCUAAUUCACGAAUUACUAACAUAGUGGCCUGAGUACUGAUCAUCACAGAACAGCUCAAAUGACAGAAGAUAUUGGUAGGGAAGACCUUUAAUCCUCCAGUUCUGAAAACGGAAGCAAGUGAUGAAUUUAGAAGGUCAUCCACUAAGAAAGAGACUUCACUAGCAUGAUAAAUCAACUUGUUAGGUUCAUAUUCAGUCUUUCCACUAAAUGUGUUCAUUCUGUAUUUCAAAUUACUGUUAUGAUUACUUUUCCAUAAGAUUCUCUGAAAAUACGGUAUUCCUCUCUUAAUCUUAAGAGUAUUUGCAUUAAGAUAUUGUAAAAGUAUAAUGUAACUCAAAUUUGGGAAGCUACUUUUAACAGAAAGAAACAUCAAAUAUUUCACAAAAUGAAACAAGUUCAAGUAUCUCUUCUGUAAAUGUGCAAUAAUGUACAAAAAAGAUAAAACGCUUGCUAAUUCUAGUCAUAUUUAUUUUAACUACCACAACUGAAGAUUUUUUCAUUCAUAUGUCUAGAUAUUUUAUUGAUAUUCUUUUAAAUAUACUGUCAAGUUCACUUUUUUGUAUGUAAAUUUGCCUAUAUUUCUUAAAGUGUCUCAUGUUGAGGUGACUUCUUCUCACCUUCCCAUAACGUUCUUUGGGAAUAAGUUGAAUAAAAUGUCCCCUGUAUAUUAGCAGUUCUCACACUUUUUGGAUUGAUGCCUUACUAGCUACAGUACGAACUGGCUUAAAAGAAAAGAGUAAAGAAAUCCAUUUGUAAACCUCUGUUUACUACCCUUCAGUAUUUUAAAAGAUUGACUGGAUAACUGGUCUGAUGGUAGGAUCAGAACUAGAUUUUUCCUUUAGACUGUAGAAAUGUCUUUGCCACACACAGGUAGAGCUUUCUUUUGAGACAGCCUCCUGAGGGCUAUGACUCUGUGCUUGGAAAACAGAUUUCUAAAUUGAUUGCAGUUCCUAAAUGUAUUACUAAUGUAAAUUGAUGCAACUGGUUAUUUAUUCUCACUCUAGCAGCUGUGAAACAACCACAUUUGUCCAGGUGCUCUCUGCAUGCACAUAUUGUUUUUCUCUGUUUCUGUAUGUAAAUUUAGAAUGGAGGGGAUUAAAGCUGAAUACCAAUCAGCUAUAAACAAGUUUUAAAGGGA